AUGCUCUGGUGUUACUGGGGUUACUGGUGCGCUACUGGGGCUGCUGCUGCUGUUACUGGGGUUACUGGGGUUGCUGGUGGUGUUACUGGGGUUGCUGGUGGUGUUACUGGGGCUGCUGGUGGUGUUACUGGGGUUACUGGUGUUACUGGAGCUGCGGGUGGUGUUAUUGGGGCUACUGGUGUUACUGGGACCACUGGUGUUGCUGGGGUGGCUGCUGUGUUACCGCUGUUACUGGUGCUACUGGGCCUGCUGGUGUCACUGGUGUGUUACUGGGGCUGCGGCCCCCGGCAGGCCCCAGGACCCCUCCCCAGAAGCGCCGGGGCCGGGCCGGGCCGUGGCGAGGGGGUGCGGGGAGGCCCCGGGCCGUGUCCCAGCCCCGGUCCCGGCCCCGGGGGCGCUUUGCGGCAGCGGCGCUUUGCGGCCGGGCCCGGUGGGCUUUUAGGACGCCUUCCGCGGCUUCUUCGGGCUCCCGGGGGGCCACAGGUACCGGGACGGGCUCGGGAUCCCCCCCCCCCCCCCCCCCCAGGACCCCCUUUCCCGGUCUCAGCCCCCCCUCCGCAGGCCCCGGGACCGCCGCGGGACGAGGCCGGGGACGAGGCCGCCGAGGGCCUCCCCCGGCCGCCGCAGCCCCCCGAUGGCUUCGGCUUCGGCCCCGGCCCCGGCGGCGCCCUCGAGGAGCUGCUCCGGGACGCGGGCGAGCUCCUGGGCGCCUUCGGGGGAGCCUGGGCCGGGCUCCCCCCGGCCAUAGAGCCCCCCCUGCCCGGCCUCGGCCCCGGGCGGCCGCCGCGCGACUCGAUGCUGAAACACCCGGACGGCCCCGAGGGCCCCCGAGACCCUGCCCGGCCCUGGAGCCCCCUCCCGGGGCUGGAGGACGCUGCCCCGGCCCCUCCGGAGCGCAGGGAGGACCGAGAUCUGGACUCGUAGGCGUCCUCCAUGGGGCUGGGCACCCUCCUGAGGCCCGAUGAGCCCCAGCCCCGCUCCUACUUCAAGAGCGUCUCCGUCACCAAAGUGACGCUGCCUGAUGGGGCGGUGGAGGAGCGCCGCACCGUGCAGGACAGCCACGGCUGCCGCAAGACAGCCGUCACCCUCCGGAGGGGCGACCAGACCUUCGUCACCACCACCAAGGAGGACGGGCAGGGCAAGGACUACCGCGAGGAGCUGCUCAACGUGGAUGACCGGGACCUGGCGCAGUUCGCAGGCACGUGGCCGCAGCAGGACGAGCUCCACGCUCCCACCCUGAGCGACCCCUCGUCCGUGCUGGGCACCUUCUUCCGCCGCUGGUUCUCCGGCUGGUAGCCCUGCCCUCCCGCUGGCCACCCCUGGUGGGCCGGGUCCUGCUGGGACGCGACGGCUGUGCUGGGGGUGCCCCGCGGCACCACCAUGUUUUGGGGGCGAGCGUGUAAAUGUGUACAGAGCAAUAAAGUCUGUUUAUGCUAA